AUGACCCAGCCUGUUCCCACUCGCCGCACCACCUCCCUCACCGGCAGCUCGCGUCUGUCGCUGAGCGUCGGCACGAAGCAGGCGCCCGUGACGCCGGGCAACGCCGCUGGCCGCCACCCCUUGCGCCAGGAUUGGUCGAUCAGCUACGUCCACCGCCCGCCAGGAGCCAAAGUGGACUAUGAGAAGGAGAUCCAUAAGGUCGCGACAUUUGGCUCGAUUGAGUCGUUCCUCCACCUCUACGCGCACCUCACCUCGCCCUCGGACUUGCAGCCCGUGACUGAUCUGCUGUGUUUUCCAAGCAGGAUUCAGCGCCCGGGUAUCUGGGAGGAGAUGCCAAACGGCGGCAAGUUUACGAUCCGGUUGCUGCACCCGGUCACGCCAGUCCUGUACGAGUCGCUCCUGUUUGCUCUCAUCGGCGAUCAGUUUGACGAGUCGGACAACGUCGUUGGAUGCGUGCUGAGCGUGCGCCAGACGGAGGACAUAUUGAGCGUGUGGGUAGAAGAGGAAGGCGACUCUGUGCGGUCUGGAGCGUUGCGAGAGGAGAUCCUCUCGUUGCUGUCGCUUCCGCCCACGACGCUGUGCGAGUACCGUUCGAACAAGGCGCUGCUUGACGCAGCGUCGUCAAUGAACAAGGUGGACGGUGCGCCCCAGGAGGGCGUGCACAACCAGCAGGCGAACCAGUCGCUAGGCUUCGGGCACCACCAGCAGUCCCAAGGCUUUGGGCAGCAGCGGUACCAGCAGCAUGGUAUGGGGCAACACCAGGCACCCCACGGUGACCGGGGGUACGUUAGGGAGCCCCGUGGCCCGAGGGACGACGCGGCGCGGACCGGUGGAUGGGGUAACGGAUUUCGCAGGGAGCAGUAG